GGUAUAACUGACGAGUCCAAAGUCUCCUGGAGCAAGAAAUCUGUUUAUCUUUGCUUUUUAAGCUCCAACACAGACGACAUUACGAUUUUUUUUAAAUAGUUAAUUAACUUAGCUUUGCAGUCCGACAUUCUUUUUCAACUACUUUUUCCUUAAAUCGUGGAUACCACAACAAACAUUCAUAUCGGACUACUCUUGCAGUCUGCUAUCGUUCUGUAGCAGACAAGAAGAUCCAAAAUGGCUUGUGUUUUAUUAACGUGUUUUUUAAUUUUGAUAUCAGCUCAUUUGGCUGAAUCAUCCGGUGUGUUUGAGUUGAAAGUGCACUCUUUUACAAGCACAAGCAGUGUGUGCAAACAGGCCGAAGACUGCCAGAUCUUUUUCCGCGUUUGCCUGAAGCACUCACAAGACAUCAUUCUACCUGAGCCGCCGUGCACUUACGGCACUGGAAUGACAGACAUAUUCAGCGCAAACUCCAUCUCCAGCAGUGCGCAUAUCCGCGUGCCUUUCAAUUUCAAGUGGCCGGGAAUCGUCUCGCUGAUAAUCGAAGCCUGGAACGCAGAGUCGUCUGACCAGUCAACAGAGAAUAUCAACAACAUGAUCAGCCGUUUGGCCACCAAAAGAAGACUCGCUAUCGGCGAGGACUGGUCCGAGGACGUGCAUCUUGGAGAGCAAAGCCAGUUGCGCUUUUCUUAUCGCGUAGUGUGCGAUGAAUUUUACCACGGCGAGGAAUGCUCGGAUUUCUGCCGCCCACGGAAUGACGCAUUCGGCCACUUCAACUGUGACACCGCUGGAAACAGAAUUUGCCUGCCUGGAUGGAAAGGCGAUUAUUGCGCUGAACCCAUCUGCUUGUCUGGCUGUAGCGAGGAGCACGGUUAUUGUGAGGCCCCCGGUGAGUGCAAGUGCCGCCUCGGGUGGGAAGGCCCCCUCUGCGACAAGUGCCAGCGAUACCCGGGGUGCCUGCAUGGCACCUGCAACCAGCCCUUUCAGUGCACUUGCAAGGAAGGCUGGGGUGGCCUGUUCUGCAACGAGGAUCUGAACUUCUGCACCAAUCACAAGCCCUGCAUGAAUGACGCCACCUGUACCAACACCGGCCAGGGCAGCUACACCUGCAUCUGCAAGCCAGGCUUCAGUGGCAAAAACUGCGAGAUCGAGACCAACGAGUGCGACAGCAACCCGUGCAAGAACGGAGGCAGUUGCAAUGACCUGGUGAACGAUUACACCUGCACAUGCCCUCAAGGCUUCUACGGGAAGAACUGCGAGGUCAGCGCCAUGACCUGUGCCGAUGGACCCUGCUUCAAUGGAGGAACCUGCAUGGAAAAGGGAACCGGUGGCUACUCCUGCCUCUGCCCUGCCAGUUACACAGGCUCCAACUGUGAGAAGAAAAUCGACCGGUGCAGCAGCGACCCCUGUGCUAAUGGUGGCCAUUGUUUUGAUUUGGGUAACAAACUGACAUGUCGAUGCCGCCCCGGCUUCACAGGCUCACGUUGCGAAAUCAACAUUGACGACUGCGCAAGUAACCCCUGCCAAAACGCAGGCACCUGCGUGGACGGCAUCAACGGCUUCACCUGCUCGUGCACGCUUGGUUUCUCAGGCAAAGACUGUAGCGUACGCUCUGACGCCUGCAGCCGCAUGCCCUGCGAGAAUGGAGGGACCUGCUACACCCACUUCUCCGGGCCUGUCUGCAAGUGCCCACCAGGCUUUAUGGGCACACGUUGUGAGCAUAAAUUGAUGCCCACACCUGCGACCAACCCUCCUCUUCCAGCGGCCCUGGCUGUUUCAUUUACUCUAGGCCUCAUCACUCUCACUCUUUUGGUCUGCGCCGCCAUCAUGGCCCUGAGACAUGUGAAACAAGGCCGCAAGGCCACCUCAACCACCGUACGCAAUGAUCUGGAGUCCAUCAACAACCGUGUCUCCUUGACCCCGACCUCGACAUUAGGUAGAGAGAAGGAGGCCUUCCUCAUUCCUGGUGGUCCGUUUAAGGUAUCCAAUAAGGAUGUGGCACUCAGAUCUACCACUGUGGACACUCAGUCAAAUUACAAGCAGAAGAUGGUGGACUACAAUCUGAGCAUUGACGAAAAACCUACAAACAACAAGCUACACAUGAAAAACUCUGAUUCUACAUUGUUGGUUCCACCUUUGAACUAUCCAAAAGAGGGAGUGUAUCACCCUGUGUACAUCAUUCCUGAACACAUAGAACAAUGUGUAUUUGCUACUGAGGUUUAACAGUAUUUUUCAAUCUGGAGUCCCUUAAUCACCGGAGGGCCUGACCCCAAAAUGUUUACAGUCUUAAAGGACAAAAAGAAGACGUGAAGAGAGUAUAUAUUAUAUCUACAUUAUAUUAUUUAUUUAUUCAUGCUGCUCAUGAAAAGGACAACUUUUUAAUAUGGACAAUGAUUUUGUGGAGACAAAGCAAGAGGCUUGAAGACUUGCAUUAUUUGCACUAUUUUCUUUUCCUAAUUUUUUUUUUUUUAAAGACCCAAAUAGAAUUUAUAUAUAUUUCAUCAUAUUUAAAAUGUACAUAAGAACAAGAACUCUCUGGAAGAGCUGAGAAGAAUCAAGGAUUCAUUAAUCACAAAAGCCUUUAAAAGGAAGAAAACAGACAUCCUGAAGUUCAUCUUACUCUAUGAAUCACAUGAAGCCCAAACAAUCAGCCUUAUGGGCGAAGGAGGUGCAACUGAAGGAUAUGGAACUGUGACCAUGGAGUAUUUUAUUUUAUUUUUUGGAUAUGGUUCGAAAUGCUAUUUAUAAAUGGAUCUGUGAUGAUAAGCAAUCAAAGUUAUCGAAACUAGCCAUUUAGGCUGUGAACAAUGUGAACAAAUGUCUUGGGAAUCUACAGUUUAUUAUGGCUGUGAUUUUAUUUAGUGCCUACAAUGGAUUUGACUAUCAGUGAUGUUCACUCAAACCAAACCCAAUCUUGAUUAAGUGCCUCAUCUUUCAAUGUGUUAUAGCUCAAUGAAAAAGGUACUCCUUAGAAACACUAAAAAAAAAAAAAAAAAAAAAACUUAACUACGGAGUAUGUUUUUCGACAGAAAAUAUUUGGGUUGACUUGGGUGCAAAUUGUUUAAACAGCAAUGCAUGAUGGAUGUUGUUGUGUACAGCUUCCUGUCAACAUUCACUGCUGCUAAGCUAUUUCUGACAUUCCCAAGGCUGGAAAGGACCAGUUGGUUCAAACUGAUAGCUUCAUCAUUGUUAAGAUUUCCUGGUUUUGUGAAACUGCAUUAGAGUGUUUUUCAAAAACUAAAAAGUAACAUAAAGAGUAGAAUUUUUUUUCUUUUUAUUUCCUUUUUUUAUGUGUCAUUUGUUUCUCUAUAUUUUUUUUAAACCAUUUAAACCAAAAUAGAUACUUUUUAUAUUUUCAUUCUUAAUUUAACAAUGCAAUAUUGUACAAAAUAUUCGCACUAUUUAAUUGGAUUGUAAAUAAUUUGUAUUUAUAAAAGAUAAAUGUAUAUAUGUUUAUGUCACAGGGCCAGAAAUAUAUAUUUUUUCAUACAAUAAAUCCUGAAAUAAUUUA